AUGUCCUCCUCGUCAACCGCUAGUGGAGACGACGGCUCCAGACGACAGCUGAGUGUCGCUAGAAUCUUCUCAGACGAGAAUGGAGAGACCCACUUCGGAUCUUUCACCAUCUCCAUGACUGGCUCUGGAAAGGGACAUUACUCCAGAUCAGUAGACGGGAGGCCAAGACACUCCAUAUUCAUCCCAGUUCCAGAUGACUUUGUAGCUCAAGACUCCUAGUCCACUUGUCACACAUUCACCAUCAAUAUCAUGAGUUUUAAUUAUUAGUGGCUUUGUCAAACUCGCGUGUAGAUGAGUAUAUA